AACACGAUGCUGGUGGUUAUUAUUCUCAAGAAGGAAAGAGAGGUUGGUAUUCUUUCUGGGAUAACUCUAACAGAAGAGACCUUCGUUAUGAACUUGGUGGAUAUGGGCGUCUGUCUUCACGUCGCUGGGUGGAUGAUGGAAACAUGGAGAUGACGGAUGUCCGUGAGAACUCCAGAAUGAGACGCACUUUUCAUACUUUCCGACAAAACAGGAGGAGAAUGAAUUGGCAAAAUGGAGACCAAAUACGGGUCACUUUGUGGAGAGAUGAAAAACCUCCAGAGAGAGCAUCGGGGAGCAGGCGAGACAGAGCCAGGGGGAGCUGGUUCAAGGUCACAAUUCCUCAUGGAGCAAACUAUGACAAAGCAUGGCUAGUGAGCUCAAUCCAGAGCCAUUGCAGUGUCUCCUUCACACCUGUUGAUUUAUUGUCCUUGAACUUGUGCGAGAACAAACUGUACCAUCUGGAUGGCCUGUCUGACAUUAUAGAUAAGACCACAGAUAUCAAGAUCCUGAACCUCUCCAAAAAUGAGCUGAAGUCGGCUUGUGAGUUGGCCAAGGUGAAAGCACUGAAGCUGGAAGAGCUGUGGCUAGAAGGGAAUCCGCUGUGCAGCACCUUCUCAGACAAGUCUGCCUACAUAAGUGCCAUCCAGGAUUAUUUCCCCAAAUUGUUACGUUUGGAUGGACAAGAGUUACCCUCACCAAUUAUUGUUGACAUUCGAGUCCCUGAGUUAAUAAAACCCUCCCAGGAAAGCUAUAAAGGACCUGAUACCAUAAAGAGUCUAGUCCUAGAAUUCCUGAAGCAGUAUUAUUCCAUCUAUGACUAUGGAAACAGGCAGAGUCUCCUCAGUGCUUACCAUGAUGAGGCCUGCUUUUCCUUGACCAUUCCCAUCAACAGCGAGGACUCUGCUUCGAGCAGCUUGUGUGAGUACUUCAAGGAAAGCAGGAAUUUGAAAAUGAUCAAGGACCCCUACCUGAGGAGGCGGCUGCUGAAGCACACAAAAUGUGAAAUCGUGGACACCCUCAUAACGUUGCCUAAAACUCAGCAUGACUUCAACUCCUUCCGGGUGGACAUGUGGUUCCAGACGGAAAAGAUGCUUUGCUUUUCUAUCAACGGGGUGUUCAAGGAAACGGAAGGAGAAUAUCAGGAUUCUGUUCUUGCCUUCAGUCGGACCUUCAUCGCUACCCCUGGAAGCAAUUCCAAUCUGUGCAUCGUGAAUGAUGAGCUGUUUGUGAGGGACGCCAGCUCCCAAGAGACCCAGAGUGCCUUCUCCAAUCCAGUGACCACACUGUGCUCUAGCCCCAUGGCCAUCCUCUCCCAGGAACAGCAGGAAAUGGUGCAGGCUUUCUCCACCCAGUCUGGCAUGAAACCCAAUUGGUCUCAGAAGUGCCUUGAGGACAACGAAUGGAACUACAGCAAAGCUGGCGAGAUCUUCACUGCGCUCCAGUCCCAGGGCAAGAUCCCAGAGGAAGCCUUCCAGCGAACCCCCUGA